UUGGCGCUAAAAAAGCUGUUCUUCCCCAGCUCUUGUCCUGUUGUAUGGAGAGCGGAGCUCUGAGGUGGACGGACAGGAGUCACAUACCGGUUCGGAUUCCGCAUCAGAGGGACUCACAAUAAAUUGUCAAUCUCAAGGUAGAACCUGAUCUUAAUAAGACCUGGUAGCCUUCUGGUACUGGACUUUAAAAUACUGGUUGUUUGAAGUAGAUUAUUUAUUUAACCAGCAGUUUUUCGUAACUUGUAACGUUAGGUCAAGUUUCCUCUGCACUUUGUUACGUUACCGGACAAAGGAGAACAUCACCGACUAGUCUGUUCUAGUAUUUACUGAUGAACAAUAUUAGAAAAUACCGCUGAAUUGUCUGUUUAACCCAUGCAUUUUGCUUUUAAUAGGCUGCUUUCAGCUGUAUGAGUUGCUCUUGGCUCUUUUGUUAUUAUUAUUCGCCAGGGUGGAAAUAUAUGUUCAUACAAAGCCUAUAGCAGCAGCAACUUGCUAAUAACCGGGAACGAUUUAGCAGUGCAUUGAUCAACUUUGCUAACGUUACCAGCUUGACAAAUCCGGUUGAGUUUAGUUUAAAUUGACUCAAGAAAAUGAUGCGGAUGCCCAAAGGCGUCUCUCUGGCAUCGGGUCGGCCAGUAGCGGGACUGCCUUGCCCUCAGCAGAAGAUGAAGGUUUUGUCCACCGGAGGAGUGAAGACCGAGUUCUUCAACACCGGACUGUCCAGCCCGCCGAUGAGCACGGUACCAGCCGGCUAUUUCACCCAGAUCUGCAACACCGCCGCGGCUGAACAAAGAGCCAACAGCCUGUAUUCAACCCCCCACGGACCAGAGGCUAAACCCAUCAGAUCAUCCUCCGGGCGCCUGCCGGCUAAAAGGAAGCUGGAUCUAGAGGACCCUCUUUACCUGCCGGAAUUCCGCACACCAAAAGGCAAAUGCGGCAUCGCGGCCAGGAUACCAAGUCCAAGGACUCCAAAGUCUCCAGGUGAGCGGACACGCUACGACACCUCUUUGGGCUUGCUGACCAAGAAAUUUGUGGGUCUGAUCGCGGAGUCUCCUGAUGGAGUCCUCGACCUGAACUGGGCCACUGAGGUUCUGGAGGUCCAGAAGAGACGCAUCUAUGACAUCACCAACGUCCUGGAGGGAGUCCAGCUUAUCCGAAAGAAGUCCAAGAACAACAUCCAGUGGCUGGUUGGAGAUGUAUUUGAGGGUGGUGCAGGCGGAGGAGAGAAGGCUUGCGCCCUGAGGAAAGAGCUUGGAGACCUGGAGAGAGUAGAGCGAUCUCUGGAUGAACUGAUCCACUCCAGCACCACACAGCUCAAACAACUCACCGAAUAUGAAGAUAAUAAGAGAUUGGGCUAUGUGACAUAUCAGGACAUCCGCUCCAUCGGCAGUCUCCGAGACCAGACAGUCAUUGCCGUCAAGGCCCCUGCUGACACCAAACUGGAGGUGCCAGACACGGCAGGGCAGGGGUCAUUACAGAUCUAUUUAAAGAGUAAGAAUGGCCCCAUUGAAGUCUAUCUGUGUCCAGAGGAGGGUCUUGAAGAUGCUAGCCCAGUUAAAAGCGCUGUCACCCCUAAAAAGGAGUUCCCUCAACCGCUUGGCCCUCCAACUACAACCCCAAUGGGGCCACCAAGCUACAGCAUCAAAGAAGAGCCUGUUGAAUCCAACAUGUCUACAGCAGCUCCAGCCACCUCCUCAGCCUCCAAUUCCGCGCUGCUGGACGUCGAGCGUCUGUUGGGUUUGCCCCCCAGCCUGCUCCAGAUCACAGAUGACCAGCUUCCUUGCACUUCAUUCGCCCCAGACCCCAACACCCCCUUUGUGAGUUUCUCACCGCCUCUGGACCACGACGAUUACCUCUGGAGCCUGGAGGAUGGCGAGGGAGUGUCAGAUUUCUUCGACACCUAUGAUCUUGGAGAACUGUUGAAGAGCUGAGGUGUAGAUGAAGGAGGGGGUGGGGGGAAUUUGGGGAGAUUUGUGGGAAAUAUUUAAUACACUAUUGAAGCCAUCACUAUUUGUUUUUACCUUGCCUGUUUUAAUUCCAGUGAUUCCAAAGGAGGAGUUACCCCCUUUGUUUAUUUUAAUAAAGUAAAAAUAAUUUGUACAUAUUAUUGUAAAAAAUGAUCGGACUGGAAGGUUGGGUGAGGCUGAGAUUGACACAGAAGUGUAAUCUCCAACCAUCAGGAAACACUGUUUAAAAAGCAGGGAUUGUUUUGGAUUUUCUGUCACAUUUACAGAUUGCGCUACAAAGAUAAAACUUGUAACAACAUAACAUACAAGACAGGAGUUAUUAUGCAUAUCACAUCACCAGCAACCAAAUCUGAUGCAUUUGAUUAUCAGGCAGGGUUUACAGUGUGACAACUCAGGAAUUAGUUUUCUUCAUUGUUUCCAAAGUCUUAAUGUUGUGUGCCACUCUUUGGCCCGUAGGGGGCAGCCUUGUAUUAUGUUAGCUUUAACUGCCAUGCAGCUUUACAUGAUUCAAUCACCGGAUAAGAGAAAGCUAAAGCCAUCAAGAGCCAUACACAGGGUGUGUUUUUGAAGAGUCUAUCUACUUUUACACUGACCAAAUUAAGCUGUGAAUAAUACCGGUCUGAGCACACAGUAUUGUGUGAAAUCUGAUUUUCAAGGUGCUCAUGUUGCUUCUGUCUGAUCAGGUUUGCUCUCUCCUGCCUUGAGCUUUAUGUCGGACCUUGUUUGGUGCUGCAGUGUGUGCCAAAAUGCGAAAGGCAGCUUUUGAAACCCAAUAGUGGGCCCAGAUCCAGAGUUAAUGACUGAUAAUGGGUACUUUGUGAACACAUACAAUCUCUGACUGAGCAAGAGGGUCACACUCACUCUUGUUGGUUUGGCAGCUUUAUUUCAAAUCCAGGUGCUCCUCUAUUGAUAAGAGUUUGAAUCUGAAGUCUGAAUUUAAUAGAAUUUUUUUUUUAUUUAGUAGUGUGAAACUACUAUUGUAUUUCUGAGGAAAUGACCCAAAAUAAAUUAAAAUGCAGCAUCUGUGUUGCAGGUGUGGUAAAGGGGGGUUAAUGGAUGUAAUUAAGGUUUAAUUAGAGUAGCGAUUUGCGUUUCCUCUUGUUCAGAAAUGAAUGAAGUCAGUUGAUCUAGCAGCAAAAGAAACAAGAAGGAUUUCAUAUAUUUACUGUUAAAUUUUUCCCACAUGUGCUGGUGUAUCCCUUUAAAAUGUCAGACAUGCACCCGCCAGCUGUGACUUUUAUGUGUUAAAAGUUUUUUUUCUAAGCGUUCUAGAUAUUUGGAAAUUUGAAUUUCAUGCUGACGUAUUUUUGGCUUUCCCUCUACACUGCUGCAGAGAUAAGCUAACUGUCCUGUCCUAACAAAACUUGAAAUGUGUGUUUGUGUGUGAAUUUGACAGUUUGGGAAAUGGGUGUCAUGGUGUGUUUUUGUGUGUUUUUACGAUGUAGAUUAGAGGAUGUGAAUUCAGAAUUUGUAGUUUUUUUUCUAUGAGCAUUAUUUUUCUGGUAUUUGUACAUAAUUUGUUUUGUAUUUAUACCUAUUUUGUCUGAAUUUUUUGAAGAUUGAUACAUUGUUUUUGUAUGACAUGCGGCACUUAAUAUUUUGUAAUAUUGUGUGGUCUGUUUGAAAUGAUGAAAUAAAUACUGAAGCCAUUGUU